GCUGAGUCGAGGGAAGAGCCCAGUUGAAGACAUUCCGUCUACACCCUCAUCGUAACCUUACAAAUUCAGGGGAGACAAAAGCCAGUGGAGAUGGCAUCAACACAUGAGAAGCUGAUCACCCAUGUGAUGAAGGAGGAGCCUGUGGGCUCCAGGAACAAAGUGACGGUGGUGGGCGUGGGCAUGGUGGGCAUGGCCUCUGCCAUCAGCGUACUCAUAAAGGAGCUGGCAGAUGAGGUGGCCCUGGUGGACGUGAUGGAGGACAAGCUGAAGGGCGAGGUCAUGGACCUGCAGCACGGAGGGCUCUUCCUACGCACGCCCAAGAUCGUGGCGGACAAAGACUACAGCGUGACAGCCCACUCCAAGGUGGUGGUGGUGACGGCCGGCGCUCGUCAGCAGGAGGGAGAGAGCCGCCUCAACCUCGUCCAGCGCAACGUCAACAUCUUCAAGUUCAUCAUCCCCAACAUCGUCAAGUACAGCCCCCACUGCAUCAUCCUUAUCGUCUCCAACCCCGUGGACAUCCUGACCUAUGUAGCCUGGAAGCUGAGUGGCUUCCCCAGGCACCGGGUCAUCGGCAGUGGAACCAACCUGGACUCUGCCCGGUUCCGCUUCCUGAUGGGCGAGAAGCUGAAGAUCCACCCCUCCAGCUGCCACGGCUGGAUCGUCGGGGAGCACGGCGACUCCAGUGUGCCCGUGUGGAGUGGCGUGAAUGUGGCUGGCGUCUCCCUCAAACACCUCAACCCAGAUAUGGGCACAGACAAGGACAAGGAGGACUGGAGGCAUGUCCACAAGAAGGUGGUUGAUGGUGCCUAUGAGGUUAUCAAGCUGAAGGGGUACACUUCCUGGGCCAUUGGCCUGUCAGUGGCUGACUUGGUGGAGACCAUCAUUAAAAACCUGCGCAAGGUGCACCCAGUGUCCACCCUUGUCCAGGGCAUGCACGGCGUGAAGGACGAGGUGUUCCUGAGCGUGCCCUGCGUGCUGGGCAACAGCGGCCUGACGGACGUGGUGAACAUGACGCUGAAGCCCGAGGAGGAGCAGCAGCUCGUCAAGAGCGCCGAGACCCUGUGGAGCGUCCAGAAGGAGCUGACGCUGUGAGAGAGCGGGCUCGCCUCAAAGACCAGACAACUUCAACCGCAGUGCCUACAGUCACAUGCUCCGCUCCUUCAACUCAAACCCCCUCCGCCAAAGCAAACCUGAAACUCUUCAACCUUGUCUGUCCUGCCACAGCACUGCUGGGUAGAGAGAGUGGUCAUUUCUGAAGGUUUAACAAAAAUCUCACCACCUUUGUCAAAUUGGUGUUUGUUUGUACCUGUCUUGCCUUCCUUGGUCCUUGGAGAGAAAAGAACCCUUAAACAAUAUUCCAAAUUGUCAUAGUGAGCAGAAUAGUUCGUUUUAAACAUGUUCAACCAUAUGUGGAACCAUAUCUUACAAUUUUCAUAACAAUGCAUUCAUGAAUAGAAUCACUUGAUUCUAAGCCUGUAUUCUUUUAUACAGAACAAGUUACACUGCCUUGUGAAAAGCAUAGCACUUGAAAUGCUAGAAAAGCAUCUUGUAAAAGGCAAGCUGUUAUUUAAAGUACUCUUCAGCAGGACAGGGCAUCAUGAACAAUGAUGACACAUACAGUGUAAAUACUACUUCCUUCAUUUGUUUCAAUAAAUCCUCCUUGGACAACAACCCGGAAUUCAUUGUCACACACUGGAUGCUCUUGUGAGGAUACGAACCGGUACUAGGGGCAGUCCUGUCUGGUAGUGAUGCAUGUUUCUGCUCUCAUUCAGAGUGCCUUGGAAAAUUUUAUGUUUACUGUCUGGACUCUCUAUUUCUGUGAAGAACACUGACACUUCGAGGGACUCUGUGGAGCAAGAAUGCCCCAGCACUGCACACAAAGGAGUCCAUCAGGGGUCACAUGGGGGGACUAUAGUACUGUCCAUGCUGCAGCAGCUGGGUUAUCUGCUUGUAUUUUGUCCGACACCAAAUAAACCUUCAGGAAGAUCACAA